AGAAUUUUUAAUUACAUCUUUUUUAUGGUUAUAAUUUUACGACACACGUUUAUUGACCUUUUGUGAUAUAUGGAAGGAUUGUAGCUUCUAUGAAAAAUCUUUGGCAAUUACUACACUUUCGCUAUGGAUACGAUCGAACCGGAAAAUCAUGGGUCAAAAAUAAACACGUGUAAAACCAAAAAAGAUUUUGAAAAAUUGACGCAUACUCAUUCAGAAUCUGAUUGGAAACAGACUUUCCCCCAUAAAUUAAAUAGAAGUUCAAGCAAAAAUAUUUGUAUUUUAGAGGAGCCAGUUGUAAAAAUAAAGAAGAUGGGCUCUGACGCAUUGUUAAGAGUACAUGAGGAACUAUCAGAUCUUCAGCAUCAAUUAGAGAUCCAAAGAAAAAAACUGCUACAGGCGGAAGAAGAAAAAUUGAUUUUGCAAGAACAAUUGUUAGAUCACAGCAAAUUUAGUACAAGUUUAGGGGCAAUUUUGGGCAACCUUUUAUGGCACGCUUCAAAUGUUCCCAGGGUUAUAGAUAUUUGGAUUUCGAAGCUUCACAGCAAAUUUGAUGAAUUUCUGGGAGCAGUGAAUGGCACCUUUUCCUCAUUUAUAAAAACCUACGGAGAAGAAGAUCUUCCAAUCGAUAGUGAUGAAUGCCAGUUCGUAAUGAGUUUAUUAGGAAUUACUGCAAAUGUAACUGCAAUUCCUGAAGGAAGGCAAUUUAUUGUAACAAGAGCUACUGGAGAAGAUCUUAUCCGAAACUUUGUUGAAUAUUUUUCCUAUUUCCCAACGCCUCCAAAAUAUCCUUUGUGGAGACUGAUAUUGACCAUUUUGUACAACGUCAGCGUGAAUGCAACAGGAGUGCAGUGGCUGCUAAAUUUUCAAGUGGCGGAUAAUGUUUUAAGUCAGUGUUUGAAAGAGUCUACACCGAAGGACUUAAAUCUACUUUGCCUCAGUAUUUUGCACUCUAUAACUUGUGAUCUAACUGAUCCCAAACACCUGCAAGAAAUUCUUCAGUCUAUUCCGCUCGAAAAAAUGGAUAAAAUCGCUCUUACUGGAGAAAAACAAAUAAUCGUGAUGACAAGAGAAAUUAAAAACAAUUUAAAAAAAGCAAGACGCCUUUUGCACUUCAACAAACAGAAAAUCAACAAUAAAUAACGUCGCGUUCAUCUUUUAACGAUUUUUCAAAUAACUUCUGAAAUACUUUUGAAAUUAAAAAUCAAUUUAACUGAACUUUUCUAGUUUUGAAUAUUAAUUUAUAAGCCUUUUAACAAUUAUU